ACCCAGUUCUCUGUGCUGCAAAAAGUUUCAAUCUUGCUCUCUCAUUGAGGUAAUGGCUUUAACAAAGUUCAAAUCUUUUUUUGGUUUAUCUGUUUGUGUUGCUGAACUUGGAUUUGUUUGAGUUUGGUCUACAUUGGAGCUACUGUUAAUGCUUUUAUCUUUUUUGGCAAUGCUAGGAUUUUCCUACUUGGUAUAGAAGAACUGGGUAUUUGGGAUUGAGUGCAAUAGAUCUGAGGUGUUUGAAGUUGUGGAGUUUAGGCAUUUGGGAUAGUGGGGCUUGUGCUUUGCUGAUCUUUUGGUGGGUUGGUUGGAUUUGAUCAUGGUGAAGAUGAAACUAGUCAGUUGGGUAGCUUUGGUUCUGGCAAUUGUUGUGUCUAUGAGUCAUGGAGCCUUUGGUUUAUUCAAUCCUGUUGAUAACUAUUUGAUUGCUUGUGGUUCUUCGGAAAAUGUCACAUUUGAAGGCCGAACCUUUGUUCCUGAUACACUGCAGUCUUCCCUUGUGCUGAAAGGUGCUAAUUCUUUAGUUGCUAGCUCCAGUUCCAAUGCCCCAUCUCCUAUUUACCAAUCUGCUCGAAUUUUCAAGGAAACAUCUUCCUACAAAUUCAAAAUCCAGCAAGAGGGCCGCCAUUGGGUUCGCCUUUAUAUCUACCCUUUAGCAAAUUCGGUCCAGAACUUGGCGUCUGCUCCGAUAACAGUGGUCACUGAUAGCUUUGUACUCUUGAAUAACUUCACUUUUCAGAACUAUAAUGGUUCUUAUCUAUUCAAGGAGUAUGCAAUCAAUGUGACUUCAGAUAGUUUGACCCUAACCAUCAUUCCUUCAAACAAUUCAGUUGCUUUUGUUAAUGCAAUUGAAGUUGUCUCUAUCCCUGAUGAACUGAUCCCUGAUCAGGCAUAUGCUGUAAAUCCAUCUGCUCCUUUUAGUGGUCUUUCGGCACUUGCUCUUCAAACUAUGUACCGAUUAAACAUGGGGGGUCCUUUGCUCACUGCUGAGAAUGAUACCCUUAAAAGAACUUGGGAGAAUGAUGUGAAAUACCUCCAUGUCAACAGCUCAGCAGUGAAUGUAUCAAUCAACCCUGCCAGCAUAAAGUAUCCGGUCAGUGUAACACCAGAGAUAGCACCUAAUUGGGUCUAUGCCACUGCUGAAGCCAUGGGAGAUGCGAAUGUACCAAAUGGAAAUUUCAACAUAACUUGGGUCUUUCCAGCUGAUCCAAAUUAUUUGUAUCUUGUUCGGGUACAUUUCUGUGAUAUUGUCAGCAAGGCACUGAAUAGCCUAGUUUUCAAUCUUUUCAUCAAUUCAGACAAUGUGCUCUCAAGUCUUGACCUCUCUUCCAUUACUGGUGACUUGAAUGUGCCAUAUUACAAGGACUUUGUUGCCAACUCCUCAGCAGAUUCAAAUACUUUGACAGUCAGUGUCGGUCCAGAUUCAAUGGCUGAUAUCACUAAUGCAAUUCUGAAUGGCUUGGAGAUUCUGAAGAUCAGCAAUGACUUGGGGAGCUUGGAUGGGUCUUUGUCAGUUCAGAGUCUCCUUCCCAGUUCACCCUCUAAGAGUAAUAAGAUAGUAAUCUUAGUUGGGUGUGUCAUAGGAGCUGUAGCUCUUGUGGCAAUAAUUGCUCUCUUUUAUUGCUGCCUGGCAUCUCGCAAGUCAAAGACUACUCCUAACCAAGGGCAUCCAUGGCUGCUUCUGCCCUUGUAUGGAAACUCUCAGACAAUGACCAAAAUGUCCACAACUUCACAGAAGAGUGCAACAGCUAGCUGCAUUUCAUUAGCUUCCUCUAAUCUUGGCCGCAUAUUCAUGUUCCAAGAAAUCCUGGAUGCAACCAACAAGUUUGAUGAGAACCUACUUCUUGGGGUUGGUGGUUUUGGCAGAGUUUACAAGGGAACACUAGAGGAUGGGACAAAAGUAGCUGUUAAAAGAGGAAACCCCAGAUCCGAACAAGGUAUUGCUGAAUUCCGAACCGAGAUUGAAAUGUUAUCAAAGCUUCGUCAUCGCCACCUUGUGUCUCUUAUUGGUUACUGUGAUGAAAGAUCAGAGAUGAUUCUUGUGUAUGAAUAUAUGGCUAAUGGACCACUCCGGAGCCAUUUGUAUGGAACAGAUUUGCCAACCCUAUCAUGGAAGCUACGCCUUGAAAUCUGUAUAGGGGCUGCAAGGGGGCUCCAUUAUCUCCACACUGGUGCAGCUCAAAGCAUAAUUCACCGAGAUGUGAAGACAACAAACAUUCUCUUGGAUGAGAACUUUGUAGCCAAAGUUGCAGAUUUUGGCCUCUCAAAAGCAGGUCCAGCUAUAGAUCAGACUCAUGUUAGUACAGCUGUUAAGGGCAGCUUUGGUUACCUUGAUCCUGAGUACUUUAGAAGGCAGCAGCUCACUGAGAAAUCAGAUGUGUAUUCAUUUGGUGUAGUUCUAAUGGAAGUUCUUUGUACAAGACCAGCUUUGAACCCGGUUCUUCCAAGAGAGCAAGUGAACAUAGCAGAGUGGGCAAUGACUUGGCAAAAGAAAGGCAUGCUGGACCAAAUCAUGGACCCAAAUCUGGCUGGGAAGGUAAAUCCAGCUUCUCUUAAGAAGUUUGGUGAGACAGCUGAGAAGUGCCUUGCCGAGUAUGGUGUUGAUAGGCCAUCAAUGGGAGAUGUCUUGUGGAAUCUAGAAUAUGCUCUUCAGCUUGAGGAGACUUCGUCUGCACUCAUGGAACCUGAAGAUAACAGCACAAACCACAUACGGGAUAUUGAAUUGACACCACUUGAGCCAUUUGACAACAGUGUGAGUAUGAUCGAGGGAGGGCACUCUGGCACAGACGAAGACGCUGAAGAUGCUGCAACAAGUGCUGUGUUCUCUCAGCUAGUUAAUCCUCGUGGAAGAUGAGAAGAAAGAUGCUUUGCCUUUCGCAUUCUUUGUCCACAAUGUCCCAGGGAAAGAGAUACUGAUCAUCCUGGCCUUGAGAAUGCUCAAUGAGUGAAGGUUAUUUCUUGGUUCAUUACUAGUCUGUUACCUCAAUUUUUUGUCCACUAUUUACUUUGUAAUAUAGUUGUGGUGGAUGACAGUUAAUCUAUCAUAAAAAUUGUACGUAAGGUGCCAAAAGAUUUACUUGUAUUCAUAUAAAAUUCAUAUGGGUUACAGAGUUCCCAUGUUUUUACC